ACUCAUUCCAGUGGAUGUGAAAUGCGAAAAAGGAGGUUUAAUAGGAGGAGCAGAAUUUGCAGAAUUCGCUUCAAAUUUUGAAAAGGCAGUGGAGGCUGAAGAAACAUUGCAAAAUUUGGAACUUGAUUCGUCAUCUCCGGAAUAUUGCAUUCUGCUUUUCCGACAGCGAAUGCUGUCUGAUGAGAUUGCUAGACCUACCCAUUCGAGGAUAAUCAAAUUACUGAAGAACUCUGGGCUCGAUCUUGACUUAAUCCAAAAACUGAAAGAGAAAUCUAAUCAGGAUGAUAGUGCCAGAGUUAAAGAGCUCCAAAGACAACUGGGAGAGGCUCUACAAGCUAAAGUGGAAAUAGAAGCUAAACUUAACACAUUAAAAUCAGCAAGUAGCGAAAAAGUGUUGGGAAAGAAAAUGAGAGACCAUUGGAGGACGCGAAUGACAACUCAGUACCUCCUGCACCUCCAAUGCGCAGGAAUCAUCAAGCAUACCUUCACCACCUCCGCUUCCCAUACUAGUACCUCCCCCUAUGGAUGGCAUUCCACCUUUGGCUAUAGGAAUGGCUUCAGCAGUGCCCUUACCACCAAGCUGGCCAAAUGA